AUGUCAGCACAAGCAGCAGGAAAGGUAGUCGCAGAGGCAGGAAAGGCCGCAGUAAAGGCUGCCGACGGUCACGUACUCAACAAGGGCGCAAAAAGAGAUCCAGAACUUUACGUUCUCUUAGGUAUCAUGACCGGUGCCCUCGGUUUGGCCGGUUUCUACUUUGGUCGUAAACCUACCUCGUCCACUUCAGAAGUCAAAGUAAACGUCGCUCCUGGUACCAUGCCAUGGCAGACCGAGAGCUCCAAAGGUGAUGCCGCCCGACAGGACUUCAAAUAUCAAUAUCAUCCAGCUGGCGAUCCAAGAAACCCACCGAAGGACGCCCCUAGCGCAUUGCACAGUGUCAUUGUUCCAAACGUCAACUUGCCAAAGGCACUACAUGAGAAAUACAACAAGUGGGGCAAGGAUGGAUACUAG